CUCUUUUCUCAUCAGCCGAUAUUCAAGUCAUCAAAUUAAAACAUCCUAGAUCUCUUAAUUCAGCGAUGUUUAUUUAUGAUAAAAAAGGAAAGCAACUCUUUGAAUUAGUGGCAUUUGAUGAAGAGUAUAGGUCCUGGCUUAUUGGUGAGACAGUUCAAUCAGAUGGGAAAUUAUACAUAACGACGCCAGUUGACAUCUCUUAUCUCAUCCUACCAUAUUUAAUGCAGGCCACCAAAAAUGUUCCUCUUGAUCACCUACUGGAAGAUGACCAGUAUCCAGCUAUAGUGCAUGUAUCUAGUCUUGCAGCUGGGAAAGAUUUCUCACAUAUUGCCGACAGGAAAGGAAGUCCAGAUCUGGGUGUGUGGAAGUAUAGCAAAGAGUCAACCUUGUCUUGGUUGGAAGGUCGAGUAAGGAAGCUUUCCACUCUCUUGCAGGAAAAGAAAGUUCCUACUUCUAAUGCCCAGAGUUUUACCUAUGUCCGUGCAAUGAACCUGGAACAAACACAGAUGGCAUACCUAGCUCUAGCACAUGGCAUUUUAUCAGAUUAUAUCCCAGAAGAGCUUUCAAAAGACCUCUCUAUGCACCUCCAGCUGCCAGAACCAUCAAAUAAGCAGAAGGCCUUGACAGGUGCAGAGAACCAACCACCAACAAAGAAGCAAAAAAUGGAAGGUCCCACUGAAGAUUACACCAAGGAUGAUAUUAAGGUGGAAAAGAGCAAGACCCCACAGACAGCAAAGGCCAAAGCGCUUGCUAAAUCAGCAUCAGGAUCCAAGAGCAUUACUUCAUUCUUUGGCAAGAAAUAAGAUGUUAGAGAUGUCUAGAUAGAUCAUCAGCUCAGAAUGUACCUCAUUUUUAAUCCACUGGUUUAUAGUUAUACAUAUUAUCUGUUAAUAUAAAGUAUGUAUUAUGAUUGAAGUUAAACACAUUUUGCUUUUGUUAUAUGUAUGUGUCUUGAACUAAUAUUAAAAUAUGAUA